AUGCAGGACACUCAAAACAGAGUGUGUAACUGCCAAGUGAAUCAGUACACGACUACCUACACGCGAACUACAGUCAAGAGCGAACGCGGAGAGGAUUGUAAAGAUGCCAACGGCAACAUUAUUGCUUUUGACGACAACGAACAAGCCGUCGUAACCAACGAUGGAGACUGCGUCUGUGCAUGUGGCAACGGAAUAGUCGACUACGGCAACGGCGAGUCCUGCGAUCUCGGCAAAGAUUCGAUAAUAAGCGACACCGUGGUGUGCGAAGACUGCAAAGUCGUCGAUUCCAGAUGUGGUGACUACGAAUUCGACGACAUUCGUAACGAGGAGUGUGACCCGCCAUACUCACAGAGUGGUGAAAUCACUGAAAACCAGGAGUAUUGUACCAACAACUGCAAGUAA